GGCGGCGAGGAGCCGGCGCGGUCGUAGUCUCCACGGCGCAGGCCCGCGGUAGCGCAGCCGCUCUGAGUAUUUAUUCAUGGAGGAGCACGGGGUGACCCAGACAGAACAUAUGGCGACCAUCGAGGCUCAUGCAGUGGCCCAGCAAGUACAGCAGGUCCAUGUGGCCACAUACACAGAACACAGCAUGCUGAGUGCCGAUGAAGACUCCCCUUCUUCUCCCGAGGAUACCUCCUAUGAUGACUCAGACAUCCUCAACUCCACUGCAGCCGAUGAGGUGACAGCCCACCUGGCCGCGGCAGGUCCUGUGGGGAUGGCCGCUGCUGCUGCUGUAGCAACAGGAAAGAAACGAAAACGACCCCACGUCUUCGAAUCUAAUCCCUCUAUCCGGAAGAGACAGCAGACCCGAUUGCUAAGGAAACUUCGAGCUACAUUAGAUGAAUAUACAACUCGAGUGGGACAGCAAGCUAUUGUCCUGUGUAUUUCUCCCUCAAAACCCAACCCCGUUUUUAAAGUAUUUGGUGCAGCACCUUUGGAGAAUGUGGUGCGCAAGUACAAGAGCAUGAUCCUUGAAGACUUGGAAUCAGCCUUAGCAGAACACGCCCCUGCGCCACAGGAGGUUAACUCCGAGCUGCCACCUCUCACCAUCGAUGGAAUUCCUGUCUCUGUGGACAAGAUGACCCAGGCUCAGCUCCGGGCAUUCAUCCCAGAAAUGCUAAAAUACUCCACAGGCCGUGGGAAGCCAGGAUGGGGGAAGGAGAGUUGUAAACCGAUAUGGUGGCCAGAGGACAUCCCAUGGGCAAAUGUCCGAAGUGAUGUCCGAACAGAAGAACAGAAACAGAGAGUGUCUUGGACCCAGGCACUACGGACUAUAGUCAAAAACUGCUAUAAACAACACGGGCGAGAAGACUUGUUGUAUGCUUUUGAAGAUCAGCAAACACAACAACAGGCCACGACAACGCAUAGUAUAGCACACCUGGUACCCUCGCAGACUGUAGUCCAGACCUUUAGCAAUCCUGACGGCACCGUCUCACUUAUCCAGGUUGGUACAGGAGCAACAGUAGCCACUCUGGCUGAUGCUUCUGAAUUACCUACCACUGUCACUGUUGCCCAAGUGAAUUACUCUGCUGUGACUGAUGGAGAGGUAGAACAAAAUUGGGCCACACUACAGGGGGGUGAGAUGACCAUCCAGACAACACAGGCCUCAGAAGCAACUCAGGCAGUGGCAUCGUUGGCAGAGGCAGCUGUGGCAGCUUCCCAGGAGAUGCAGCAAGGAGCAACUGUCACCAUGGCUCUCAACAGUGAAGCCGCCGCCCAUGCUGUCGCCACACUGGCUGAGGCCACACUGCAAGGGGGAGGACAGAUCGUCCUGUCUGGGGAAACCGCAGCAGCCGUAGGAGCACUUACUGGAGUCCAGGAUGCUAAUGGCUUGGUGCAGAUUCCGGUGAGCAUGUAUCAGACUGUGGUAACUAGCCUUGCCCAGGGGAACGGGCCGGUUCAGGUGGCCAUGGCCCCCGUGACGACGAGGAUAGCGGACAGUGCCGUCACCAUGGAUGGCCAGGCUGUGGAGGUGGUGACUUUGGAACAGUGACACUGACCCGGAUCAUGGGCUCAUUUUCUAUUCUACAACCAAGAGUUUUUUACACGUUUGCAGAAGUGCAAUCAGAUGCCAUUCAGUCUCCCGACUUUAGAAACAAGUUUUGUUAUCCUUUUUUUUUAAAGGAAAAAAGUGGCGGG